AUGGACUUGUUCCGCGUCAGGUUGAACUGUAUCGACAAUUACCAGGCGACGCCCACUGUAUACGACCCGCAGCUUCGCAAUGACAUACGACCUUCGCAGGCGGCCAGGGGGCCAAAAGUUCCCGUCAUCCGCAUCUUCGGGUCGACAGAGACGGGCCAGAAAGUGUGCGCACAUAUUCAUGGAGCCUUUCCCUAUUUAUUCGUCGAAUACGAAGGUGGUCUUUCCCAAGAUGAAGUCGGAUCCUACAUUUAUAGGCUGCAUCUCUCCAUUGACCAUGCUCUUUCCGUGAGCUUUCGACGAGAUGAGCAAGGCCUCAAUUCGAGAUUCGUUGCGCGCAUCACCCUUGUCAAAGGUGUCCCGUUCUACGGCUACCAUGUCGGAUAUCGCUUCUUCCUCAAGAUUUACAUGUUCAACCCCAUGGUAAUGACGCGCUUAGCUGAUUUGCUUCAACAAGGCGCCAUAUUGAAGCAAAAGUUUCAGCCUUAUGAGGCUCACCUGCAGUACCUCUCUCAAUUUAUGAUCGACUAUAACUUGUUCGGCUGCGACUAUUUGGAUGCAUCGCAGGCGGCAUUUCGUGCGCCUGUUCCUGCUCACAAAGACGGUUCCAAUUCUUUGCAUUUGUGGCAUGACCUGUCCAUACCUCGUGGUCGCGUAACUGAGGAUCAUGCAUUACCUCGUGUUAGCCGCUGCUCCAUCGAGGUGGAUAUAUGCGUGCAGGACAUCACAAACCGAAAGCUGGUGCAAGAACGGCAGCUCCAUCAUCAAUUUGUUGAGCUCAGAAAUCCGUUGCCGAACGAUAUGAAGCUCGUACAUAGCAUGGCAGGAUUAUGGAAAGAUGAAACGGCACGGCGACGACGGCGCAUGCCUCAACUCAAACCUGGCAGCACGCCAUUUCCGCCUGAAGCUUUGGUGCCGAUGUCUGCGGAGCCACGAGCUUCACUGUCACAGGCUUGGAUCCACGAGGAUGAGUACAAGAUGAAAAUUGAAGAGCUGGCUGCUGCAGAUCGUGAAAGUGUUGGCCCCGAUUUGCCCACUUUUGAUGAUUUUCUUCGGCCAGUUCCAUUUGAGGCGACUAUCAAGACCGUACUACAAUCAGUUGAAGACCUGCAUCCCACCAGUCUUGUGCCAGCACUUGGCCUCCCGUCUGGAGUCACAGCCAGCAAGAUUGAUCCGGCAAGCAGUAUUGAGGUCGAUGAACACAAGGCGCGACAAGCAGACGCUGCCGAUGAAUCUUUUUAUUUCCAACAGUCCGAUGAUGAAGCUUUGCAUCAACUGAUGAAAGACGAGGAGCAAGAUUCAGAUUCAGAAGCCGAGGCAGACUCUCCAGAAAAUCUUAUGGAUUCGGCGAUAUCUGGAGAGAGAAAACUGGAGGAGUUGAUGCCGGGCAUUUGUGUGAGCGGCUGCAGAACAGGUCGUCCGCCUGUGAUGGCUGUAUCAAGCACCAUUAUAAAAGCUGCUGAGAAUGGCGGUUUUAUCGGGAAAUCUAAAUACCACAACCUCGCGCCAAAUCAGAAGAGAGAGCUGAAACGUUCCGGUUCUGGGCUCUGGUCUGACAUGCUUUCGAAAAAGGCCAAACAAGAGGACAUGACUCCACCGAAGACAAAGACGGAGCGAGGCGCCCACGAGCGAAGAGCUACAUUCAGCUUGCCGUCUUCGCCAGCACCAAAAGUUACAGACGGACUCACCUCGCCAAGCCCUACGCUCAAUUUUCCGAUUGUCAAGAAUCAGAAUGACCCCCACGCAAGAUUGCGCCUGAGCCAAAGAAGCAAACCAUCGGCUUCACAAGCAAGCAAUGGUAGCCUGCCCGAACAGCACCAUUCAGAGUUUUUGUCUGCUUUCACUUCGUCUGACAAUCACGGAUUUUAUUUUCCAUCCUCGCAACCAUUUUCCUCGUCACAUGCUAGUCUCCUCGACUCCACGAGCAGCAAUGCCGCAGACAAGAUUCCACAAGCGAUCGCCGAGGCGUCGUCACGCCCAACCAUAAUUUUUUCAACCCUCCCACCGCCGCCAAGCCAUGCAGACUCGCUAGUGCAUUUCCAUUUGCCUGAUCAGCUUUAUCAAGACCCAUUUUUCAGCAAUGAGAAGGAUGUUCCUGUCAGGAGUAGGGAAUAUGCAGGCCGAGAAUUUCGGUUGCUGGGUGACUCGCUUCCAUAUUUACCCGCCUUUGACUUCGGUGGCAUCUUUGACUCUCCCAACGACUGCAACGGAACUCUUAAAGUAACUUCCGUGCCCUCUGAUCUCGCACUACAGAGACAGAGGAAGAAAUGCACAUUGCGGACCUGGGAAAUUGGUGCUCCGCCUCCCACAUUUAUCGAGGUUGCACACUGGCUCGAGGAGAAGGAGUUGGCUGCAAAGUCACAAAGUUUUGUGCAACGUCGCAACAGAUACCUGUCUCAGAUCGACGGCCCAACGCCAAAAAACAAGCAUGGCUUUAAGUACACGCAGCAGCGCAAGUCCACCAGUGUUCAGCAUGAAGUGCAGUAUAUGAGUACCAUGAGCCUUGAGGUUCACGUUAACACGCGAGCGAAGUUGGUGCCCAACCCCGAAGAAGAUGAAGUGCAGUGCAUCUUUUGGUGCUGCAAGGGCGACGAAGUGACGUACGCCUCUCAAGGUGACGGCGACGGCACCAUAUCUGGCCUUAUCGUUCUGGGAUCGGGAAGUGACGCGACAAGACGCAUGCGCAAAGCUUGCAAAGCCGAAGUAAUUGAAGAGGAAUCGGAGCUAGAUCUACUUGUGCGCAUAGUUGACGUGGUGAAGGAACUAGAUCCCGAUGUUUUAACGGGAUACGAAGUUCAUGGCGGUUCCUGGGGCUUUUUGAUGGAGAGAGCAAGACUCAAAUAUGACUAUAAUCUAUGCGACGAGCUCUCCAGAGUUAAUGCCCAGUCGCACGGUAGAUUUGGCAAACAAAGCGAUCGCUGGGGCUUCAACACCACGUCGACCAUUCGGGUGACUGGCCGCCACAUGAUCAAUAUUUGGCGCGCCAUGCGCGGAGAACUUAACUUGCUGCAAUACACCAUGGAAAAUGUCGCUUGGCAUUUGCUUCACCGGCGUGUGCCGCAUUUCUCCUACAAGACUUUGACGGGUUGGUAUAAGAGUGGCCAACGAACUUAUCCCCAGGACUAG